AUGAGCAAAGUUGUCAUAAUUAAAUAGAAAAUGUAAUAGAAAUCAGGAGCAAAAUCAACUUCUGGUGGUGUUAAAUCACUAGAUGAUAGUGUGACAAAAAAAUAAGUUUAAACUUUGGAUUUUACAAAUAAGAAUUUAGUUUAAGUCUAAACUAAUUAAAAUCAGAAAUAAAUGACUUAAGAAUAGAAAUAUGAACUCAGAAAAUAAUUUGUGCAAAGUUAGGGUGUUUAUUUAAAGCAUCUCAUUACAAUUUGUGAUAAUUUCAGCACAGGGCUGGGCUGGGCUUUUGAGGAUACCAGUUAUGAAGAAGAGUAAAAAAGAAUGGUGCUCCUGAGAUUGCUCAUUAAGCUUUAAGGGAAGGAAUAAUAAAAUAUUAAUGUUGCUUUAAUGGAUACAGCUGAUAGAAUGCAAAACAAUGAAUCAUCAAUAAGACAAUUACCAUGA